CAGCAUGGUUUCUCAAGUGGGGCCUCCACGGUAUCCAAUUUAUUAGAUAGCUUGUUUGACUGGCAAUCCGCUCUGAACAAUGGAAAAUCCGUGGACAUUGUCUUCGUUGACUUAUCAAAAGCAUUUGAUAGGGUCUGCCACCGUAGAUUGCUAGUCAAAUUGCAGCAUCUGGGGAUUUCUGGGCAGCUUCUAGAUUGGCUGAGAUCUUUUCUAAAUCAACGAUACAUGACCGUCAGGGUUCGUCACAGCUUCUCUGACAGACACCACUGUCAAAGUGGUGUCCUCAGGGAAGCGUUUUAUCGCCUAUAUACAUUGGACCUCCCUGCUUACAUUACUACUUCCCCCGAGGUGAAGGUGCAGAUGUAUGCUGAUGACAUAAAAAUAUAUGCCGCAUACGAUACUACCAACAAGAGUGAAGUUCAAGCAGCAUUUAGGCUAUCCCUAGCGAAAAUGUCGGAGUGGGCCGCCUCUUGGGGCUUGACGAUCAACUUAAACAAGUGUUCCCUUUUGCACUUGGGGGAUAACUUUCGCCGAGGUAUGAAAUCAAUGGGGCUUUUCUGGAAGGCUGCAUAUGAGGAGCGUCUAAAAUGGUUAGGACUAUUGAGCCUCAAAGACAGGAGGUUACUCAAUGACCUCACACUUUGUUUUCGGAUCCUCAGAAGAGAAACGAGGCUAAAACCUAGCAAAUACUGGGUUUUUAGACCCUGUAGUGAAAGAUCAGGGAGCUUUGGCUUGAGCUACGUGAAAAUUCAAAAGAGAUUCUAUUCGACUUAUGUUUAA